AUGGCCUGCCAUCAAAGAUCUGCGAGUCUGCCUUCCAUCCCCCACUCCACCGAAUCCAAAGUGGAGGUGGAGCUGCAGGGCCUGCAGACACGCAUAUCCAUGCCUUCCGCGACCAUCGACACGAUGUGCGGCGGUCUGAGCAGGCUCGGAGACAUCUACAGCUCCAUAGAAGAGAUCAUGAGCCUGCCCAGCAACCAAAUCGGCCUCUCCCUGCCCCUGCAGAGGAAGAUGGUCGAGGAAGAGCUUGACAGAUCACUUGUCCUGGUGGAUCUUUGCAAUGCCAUGCAGGAGAGCCUGGCAGAGCUGAAGAUGAGCAUCCAGGACUUGCGGCUCGCCCUCAAGAGGGGAGAUGGCGUGGCUGUUCAGCUCAAGAUCGAGUCUUUUGUUCGCCUGGCGAAGAAGGCGCAGAAGCCUUUCAAGAAGAUCACAAGCGGCAAGGCUACCGCCGAAGGCUGCGGGGCGGUCAGGCUAUUGGCAGAAGCAAGAGACAUGGCGGUCUCUCUGCUUGAAUCCGCGCCGCGCCUCCUGCUGAAGCAAAUUGGGGUUGCCAAUGGAAGCAGAUGGUCUCUGGUCUCACAGAAGUUCCAGAAGAAGAGGGUUGUCUGCGAGGCGGCGCAGCUGCAAGCGCUGGAGCGCAGUGUAGCGGAUCUCGAGAACGGUGUUGAGUCCCUGUUCAGGAGGUUGAUUCCGAGCAGGGUUUCACUCCUGAACAUCCUUAGCUCCUAG